AUGUGGACUUCAUUUUAUAGUGCUAAUAAUGGCGGGGAGUCUCAAAAUAAUCAAGGCUCACAGUCAGUCAGAGUAUCUUCUUCUUCACCGCUCCCAACAUCUAUUGAUAAUUUACAACUUUCUACUCGCAAGCUGAGCCAGAGACUGGAUCGGUUUGAUCAGAUAAUGGUAGUUCUUUUAGAAACAAUUAAGUCUCAGGCUGAAGAAACGGUAGGCUUUUUAUCGGAACAGAUGACAGCUCUUAGUGGUACAGGGAAUCCUGCCGUGUCCAAAGAUAUUUUGCACAUGCUCACAAUUAAUUUUAACACAGAAAAGAAAGUUUCCAAGCUACUUGUACAGCUUGAAAACAUGCGUGAAGCAACUAGUGUUUCUAAGAACGAACUAUAUGCUUUAAACAAUGAAGUAGCCCGGUUUAUACCGUCAUCCCAAACAAAUACUGGCGAAAUAAGACCCUCACAAUCUGGUUAUAAUAGUGACACAGAGACAACCAGCACUUCACAACAAACUCCAGUUGGACUCCAGCGGGGGUCGCAAAGAACUGCUUCUAUAGUACCGCCGUCAUCAGCUUCGCGUACUAAAACAGCAGCCUCAAUGAAGCCUAAAAGAACCUCGAGAUCCAUGCUAGAAUCUGUUCAACACUCAGUUCGCGACACACGCCUUGAUCACGUUCCUGAAAUAUCAGAGACUUCCAAACCCGUCGCUUCUUCUUCUCCUCUUAAAUUUGAAAACAGCCAGUCAAAUAAAGAACCGGCCCUUAACCAAAAGGCUCAACAAAAUUUAAAUGUUUCAAAUAAAAUCUUUGACAAAACUAUGGUUGAAUCAAUAUCUCAGCCAAAUCACUCAAAAAGUAAACAGAAUAAUGGGAAAUCAAAUGAGUUUGCACUAGUUCAAAAAAAGGACUCAGUUGGCGCCCAAAACCCUGAUCAGGUUAUUUUUUCGGAUUCUGAAGAAGAAAUUGUAAUCAAGUCAGAGGAACAUUUAAGUAAUCAAGCAGAUGCAAGCAUCAGAGCAGACACUUUAAAUGUGAAAAACAAUACCAACCAACCACAACAGGAAAGAACUCAGCCUUCACAAAGCAUAGUUUUAGCUUCUCAGCAUCGCCGCAAGUCGUCACAAGGCAAUGGAGGCAGUGCUGACACAACCAAAAGCAAUCAAGGUACCACACAAAACACCAACAACAGUGUUUUUGACUCUGAUUCUGAAAGUGAACUAAGUUCGCUCUCUAAUGAUGACUUGAGCGAUUUUGCAUCAGAUGCUGAUAUAGCACGCGUACUUCAAUCCGAUUUUAGAAGAAGCAGUUAUCUACAAAAAACAAAUAGAAGUGUUCAUAGUGACGAUGAACAUGACCAUGAAGAAAGCGCAAUUGAUGGUGAAGAAAAAGCAAACAAAACGUCUAGCCAUGAGGGAAAUAAUAAAAAUUACAAUCCGAAUACCAAUUCAAUAAAAGAAAAAACGAUUACAAAUAAACAAUUAGAACCCAGCAAAUUAGAAAAUACAACUUUUGAAGUGGAAGAAGAUAUUGAAUCAGUCCCCAGAAUCAUGAUUUCUUUACCCAAAAAGUCUGCCAACCACAACAUAUCUCCCUAUGAUGACUAUGUCCGCUACUACAGGCUUCUUCCUAGAAGUUACCUUGAAUCCCAUCAAAAGGUAACCAAGCCUCCUUCAGACGGCGUUACAAGAUACGAAAAUGGCAACGUUGUUUUAUUUCAAAAUUUUUCUGCUUCCACUCUACGGGCGCUUUGUCUUGUCAGCAAAAAUCAUGGCAAGUUCUCUCCCUUUGAGAAUGACUCUAACCAAGAAAAGCUCAUCACAUUUGUCGACGAGCUUAUAAAACUUAGAACAAAGCUACAGGCUUAUGUGACUGAGGAAUCAAAAAAGGUACACAGGAGAUUGAGCAACUCUACAACAAUAGGAUCAUUUACCAGUGCUAAUGCAGACCGCUCAACCACAAUACCCUUGCUAAAAUGCAUCGAUGUUAAAACCUUAGACGUUAGUGCUAUAAACCUUGAUUUACUCAUUUCGGGUCUCUCUCGAAGCAUCAAGGGCCCAACUUGGUCUGCAGAAUAUUGUGUUUGCAAUAGGAUUAUUGGCUAUUGUACUUCCUUAUGUCCUUGUAUGAGAUCUAAAAAAGGCUGUGUUUCCUUGUGCGAGCAGAUUGAUCAAACAAAUGAUUAUUGCUCUUUAAGAAGACAAACAAAUAAACGGAAAAAACUCAAAUGA